ACUCGCUCAGCUACGCGGACAGUGACGGUGGAGAGGGCGACGACACCCGUCAACUUGCCUACACCGAUGCCGACGCCCCGCACGCCGAGGAAGCGCAAGCUGCCGGAGGAGCAAGGCACCCCGACACUCACAGGGAACACGAAGCGUAAACGGAAUUCAAUCGUGGUCCCGCCAACGCCAUUGACCCCAUCUGUGACUACUGCGAUUGUCGAAGCUAUCCCCGUUGCUGCUUUGCUCGAGGAAGAUAUACUCCCACCCUGUUUGACCUUCGACCUCGAGGUUGCGAAGCAGCAUAUUAUCGCUGCUGAUAAACGAUUCAAGGAGGUGUUCAUUCACUUACCUUGUAGACCAUUUGAAGUUUUGGACGUCGUACAUCCUUUCCGCACUCUGGCUACAUCUAUCCUUGGACAACAGAUCUCUUGGAAGGCAGCUCGUAGUAUCGUUGCCAAGUUUUUGCUACUAUUCGACCCUAGUCUGCCUGAGCGUGGGGAUGUGCCGCCUGCGAUGCAUGACCGGCCAUUUCCCACCCCGCAUCAGUUGGCGGGUAUGGAUAUUCCGACAUUGAGGAGCGCGGGUUUGAGUCAAAGGAAGGCGGAGUACGUCAUCGAUCUAGCCACACACUUCGCAAAUGGUCAACUUUCUCCCUCCUUCCUCGCGAAAGCCAGCGACGAGCAACUCGCCGAGCACCUCAUCGCCGUCCGUGGUAUCGGCCGGUGGACAGUCGACAUGUUCGCCAUCUUCUCCGCCCGUCGGCCGGAUAUAAUGCCCUAUGGGGAUCUGGGCGUACAGCGCGGGCUCCUGAAGUGGGUAUUGGCUUCGCACGACAAGAAUUAUAGGCUUGCGAUCGAGCCGAAGAAGCUGCCCCAGCCGAGCGUAGAAGAGGAUCCUCAGGCCGCUGAAACAACGGAUCCCGCACUGCAGGAGGGAGACGCCUCGGCUAUACCGCCCAUCCCUGCGGAAACCCCACAAAAGCGCAAGAAGGCGGCCAAGGUCGAAUCACCGAGCAACGCCGUGCACGUCCCCCUCGGCAAACCCGUAAAGCUACCUGACGGCCUAACGGUCUCCCAACUCAAAAGCCGACUAAGCGGUAAAAAAGUGCAAAAGGGGAUGUACCUGACGCCGGCAGAGAUGGACGCUCUGACGGAAGGGUGGAAGCCGUAUAGGAGCAUUGCGGUUUGGUACAUGUGGGCCUUGUCGGAGGAAAGCCCUUGAGCGUUUCUGUGCUUGUUAUGCAAUGGUUAGGUGUUUUGUUAUGGUGGAAAAAAUACCAGGGGUCGUUGGUCCUGCCGCACUGUCACUGUAAACUGGUUGGUUCUUACUAUAUUUUAUUGUAAUUAUUGAACGAAAAUGUACGUAGGUAGACAUCAGAUGGUCAUUGAUA